UCUCUCUCUCUCUCUCUCUCGACUUUCGCGGCAACCAAAACGGCGAUGUCCAACCGCCCAUACUCCUCCCCCUUCGGCCAGGGGCGGAGCGCUCCCUCUCUGGAGCAGCUUUUCCGCCGGUCCCGGCCCUCGAUGGCCAAGGCCAACAGUUCCAGCCCCGGCCUUGGCUACCAGUCCCGCGACCAGAACGCACAGUGCCAGCGUUGCUUCGAGUCCGGGCACUGGACGUAUGAUUGCCGCCAGAAGCCCGGCUCCACGCCCAGCUACAAGGCUCGGCCCUCGGCUUCCGAGCGCCUGCGCAUGCGUGCCGCCGGCGACAUCCAUGGUCUUGGGCGUCCGCUGACCGAGGAGCGCCCGCCCGAUCUCGAGGCUGACCGGUCGGCCGCUGUGACUUCCGUCCUGAAGGAUGUGGACCUCGAGUCCCCAUCGAAGAAGAAGGCAAAGUCGACCGGCCGACGCACUUCCUCACCUGAUCCCUAUGACUCCUACGAUUCAUACGAUUCCUAUGACUCCUACGAUUCCUACGACUCCUAUGACUCCUACGACUCCUACGACUCCUACGACUCCUACGACUCCUACGACUCCUACGACUCCGGCUCGGACUCCGGCUCGGAGUCUGACGAUGCGCGGCCCUCGAAGAGCAGAUCCUCGGACAAGCGUGCCGCCUCCUCGUCGGCCGUCGGCCCGAGCAAGCGCUCCCCCUCGCCCGUCAGCGAGUCGGAGCUUCUCUCCCCCCGGCGAUCGCAUGUGGGCUCUUCCAGUCGGUCGCGCUCUCGGUCGCCGGCUUCCAGCCGUAAGCGUCCGGUCGACCCGGCCACUGACCGCGACGAUUCGACUGCCAAGCGCCACGCCGGAGCGCGCCCCCAACAGCAAGCCAUCCCCCCCGACUCUCCGACAUCCAACCGGCGCCCCCGCAGCCGAAGCCCUUCGCCCGAUCGCCCGGCCGCCUCUUCGCCCCCCACAAAGCGCUCUCGUGGUCGUAGCAGCAGCCGCAGCCGCAGCCGCAGUCGCAGUGAUAGUGGCAGUCGGAGCCGUAGUGAUGAUGAUACCCGCAGCCGGAGCCGGAGUCGGGGCCGCAGCCACAGCGGCAGUCGUAGUCGGAGCCGGAGCGACAGUGGCAGCCGGAGCCGGAGCCGGAGCCGGAGCCGGAGCCGGAGCCGGAGCCGGAGCCGGAGCGACAGUGGCAGCCGGAGCCGGAGCCGUGGCCGCGGCCGCGAUCGUGCACGCCGGUAA